ACACAUCAAUUGGUGUAAUUAAUGUUUGAUUUUUACUUGAUAUUCCCACUUUCAGCUCAUUAUAUACAUCUCUAUCAGUAUAUAUCAUAUUCCAUUAUAUAUUUUAUAAACCCAAAAAAUCUUCCUUCUGAGCAUCAAGUUUUGUUCAAUGAAAAAUCGAAAAGAUACUAUCAAAAACAAAGACAAUAGCCACUAACCGACACAGAAACCUAAUGUGUAGAAAUUUUACUUUAAUUGGCCACUUGAAACAAAAGCACAUACAAAUUCACUUGUAUAAUUAAUGGAUGAUUACCAGAGAUAAAUAAUUUAUUAAUCAAUCAAGUUUCAAUAAUUGGUGAAUUCUUUCAUAUUAGGAUUAAUACUUUAAAUUAGCACAUUUAAAGAAGACGUCUAAAUUGGUGAGACAUUUAAACAAAUAGAAAGCAACUAUCUUCAUAAGUAUGAAUUAUGAUAAUGACUACCAACAUAAAAAAAAAAAAAAAAAAAAAAAAAAAACAAAAAAAACAAAGUUAAACCUUCUUACCACCAUUUUUGACUCAUUAAAUUAAGACUGCGUAAUUGCUGGCUGCUGUUGAACACAUCAAGACAAACCACUUUGUGUGCUGUCCAAGUUGUAAACAAUAUAAAAGGACAUUCCUCCAGCUCCAAGUUCAGCCACCCAAAAUUUGAGCCAAAAUGGAUAAACAAAAUAACCCUAAACAACUUUCUCAAGUUGCGGUGGUUAUGGUACCACUUCCAGCGCAAAGCCAUCUCAAUCAACUCCUUCAUCUCUCUCAAGUCAUUACCUCCUAUGGAAUACAAGUUCACUUUGCUGGAUCGGCAAGCCACAAUCGCCAAGCAAAGCUCCGUCUCCAUGGUUGGGACAAAGAAAGUUUAGCUAAAAUCACUUUCCAUGACUUCCAACUCCCUCCUUAUGAUACCUCACCUCCGGUUCCUACAAACAUCGGCCACUCUAUUCCUUUUCCAACACACUUUUAUCCACUUUUUGAAGCUGCUACGCAUCUUUAUGAACCUGUUUCUCAACUCUUACAGCAACUCUCAACUUUGUUCAGGAGAGUCAUUGUUAUUCAUGAUAUCAUAAUAGCUUCUGUGGUCCAAGAUGUAAAACUCAUCCCAAAUGCUGAAUCCUACAGUGUGCUUCCCAUUUCUGCUUUUACCUAUUUCUUAGGUGUCUGGGAAAGCAUAGCUGACAAACCAUUUCAGCUAGAUUUAGAAGAUAUCCCAAAUUGCAUUCCCUCCAAUGAAGGGUGCACUCCACCAGAGAUUGAUAGCUUUGUUGCUAAUCAAUUCAAAUAUUUAGGAAUAGAGUCCGGAAAGAUCUACAACACUUCAAGACCAAUAGAAGGCAGAUAUGUCAAACUGUUGGAGAAGUUAUCAGCAAAUUCUGAGACAAAACAUUUUGUACUUGGACCUUUUAAUCCAGUGGAAUUGAAAAACAAUAGUGGAUCACAGAGACAUCAAUGCUUAGAAUGGCUGGAUGAACAAGAGAAAGAUUCUGUGAUAUACAUAUCUUUUGGAUCAUCAACAUCACUGAGCUAUGAGCAAAUCAUGGAAUUGGCAAUAGGGUUGGAAAGAAGCUGGCAGAAGUUUGUUUGGGUACUUAGAAACUCAGAUACAGGUAAUAUCUUUGCAGAAGGUGAAAUAAGGAGGCCUCAACUACCCGAAGGAUUUGAAGAGAGAAUGAAAAACAGAGGAAUUGUGGUAAGAGACUGGGCACCCCAGCUAGAAAUUCUAGCCCAUCCGUCAACAGGUGGAUUUAUGAGCCACUGCGGGUGGAACUCAAUCAUUGAGAGUAUCAGCAUGGGGGUGCCCAUCGCAGCAUGGCCUAUGCAUUCAGAGCAGCCAAGGAACGCCCUAUUGGUGACAGAUGUUUUAAAAGCAGGUACAUUAGUGAGGGAUUGGGCACAACGUGCUCAGUUAGUAACAUCAACCACUAUAGAGAAUGCAGUCAAAACAUUGAUGGUUACGAAGGAAGGAGAAGAAAUGAGGAAAAGAGCUGCAGAACUGGGUGAAGCUGUUCAAGAAUCACUUGCUAAAGGUGGGGCUGCUCAGUUAGAAAUGGAUUCUUUCAUUGCUCAUAUUACAAGAUGACCUAUCUAUGAAUAAGCCUCCCCCCUUCCCCCCCCCCCCCCAACAAAAGAUGGUACCGGGCAUGUCCCUUGACAUAUACACGGUGAAAGAGAAAUAACUUAGCUACAUGUUUCAGCAACAGAGAACAUGGAUACCGCUUACUACUCAGUGACAUGUUAUUCUUGAUGUAAUUUUCAAUUUAUUUUUAUUGAUCACGGUACUUGGUAUAAUAAACUUACAUUGCUUGAUAGGUUCCAAUUCACAUUAGUACUCUGAAGGAUAUUUUAUCAAUUUUUUCA